UGGGCGUGGCCAUGUGAAUGCAGGAAGAAGAAGAAGGAGCGUCCAUGACUUCUCUCUAGCAACGUCGCCGUUGGGUUAUGGAUAAAACUGCCGUGGUUAAAGUCGGGGCGGUGGCUAGUGCGGGUGUGUGCGCCCUUUUUGGAGGAGUCGUCCUCGUUCAGUAUAUCGUAGCGAAGAAGAAAAGAGCUGGCAAGAAAACGAAGAUCAUCGAAAUGAUGCCCGAGUUUGAGAAGAGCACGGUCCACAUCAAGGACCCCGAGCGGGUGGAGCAGAUCAUCUGCGGCCUGAUUAAAGGAGGCGCUUCUAAAUUACAGAUCAUCACAGACUUUGACAUGACGUUAAGCAAAUUUGCAGUCAAUGGAAAGCGCUGCCCGACCUGCCACAAUAUCAUUGACAACUGCAAGCUAGUCACAGAAGAAUGUAGGCAGAAGCUGUUUAAACUGAAAGACACCUACUAUCCUAUUGAGAUCGACCCACAGCUGACCAUGGAGGAGAAAUACCCGUUUAUGGUGGAGUGGUAUUUUAAAUCUCACACAUUACUGGUGGAGCAGCGGCUACAGAAGGACAAACUCCCCGAGGUGGUGAGAGAAUCGGACGUCUCUUUACGGGAGGGUUAUGAGCACUUCUUUGACCGGCUACACCAGCACAGUGUUCCUGUGUUCAUCUUCUCAGCGGGGCUGGGAGACGUGCUGGAGGAGAUCAUCAGACAGGCUGGAGUUUAUUACCCCAACGUCAAAGUCGUCUCCAACUUCAUGGACUUCGACGAGAAUGGUGUCUUGAGAGGGUUUAAAGGCGAGCUGAUUCACGUGUACAACAAGCACGACGGCGCGCUGAGGAACACCGAGUACUUCAAACAGCUGAAGAACAACAGCAACAUCAUCCUUCUGGGAGACUCGCUCGGAGACCUCAACAUGGCCGACAGCGUCCCCAACGUGGAGAACCUCCUGAAGAUCGGCUUCCUCAACGAUAAGGUGGAGGAGCGCUUGGAGAAAUACAUGGACUCUUAUGAUAUUGUUCUAGUGAAAGAUGAAACCCUUGAAGUGCCCAAUUCCAUUUUACAGAAGAUCUUAUAGAGACUGGUUUAUUGGAUUACUAGUCACUGGGCUAACACAUGCACGCACAAGCCAUACGAAUACAAACCUCUCGACCACCAUCUGUUAACGUUAUUUCCCAUCCUGGACAUUUGGGUGUCUGGUUAUUUCUAUUUUUUAGAAAAGAAAAAGCCAAACCAACUGUGGAGAAAAUCUGUUUAAGCGAAUUUGUUUAACGUGUACAUUAGUGGACUUGUAUUAUUUUUGAUAUUGUAUCAUGAUUUCAUGCGCAAUAAUAGCUGGAAUGAAAGAAGACUGGUCUUAAGGUUAGCUUUAGAAGUGUGAGCAUUUUUAUAGCAAUACGGGUCGUAACUGCAGUGUACUACAGUGAUGCUUGGUAGGAGUGGGCGUGGCCUAUCCCGGAAGCACUGUCAGCAUGGUGAGAGUGUUCCGGCUCUGACACUUCUUCCUCAACCUCAGCUACAUCACUCUAGGUCAUAACUGGGCUCAAGUAAAGAGAAAUGUGUGUGCAGGGCUUUUUUUUUUUUUUUAUUCAUGCUGUAAAUGCAUGGUCUUUCAUAAGCUUUAUAUCUAACCACUCGUCCCACUCGUGCAACUUUUUGUUGCGUCCUGCAUCAGAUCCCAGUCCCGAUGCACACCGCAAGUCUCGACUCAACCCCAUGCCCUGUGAACCUUUCUGGCUCGAUUUCUAUUUUACAGUAAAAGUAUUCAUCCCUAGUACAACAGGAAGUUCAGACUGUAUAUUAUAGAGUUUCUUGAGAAACAUAAGAUGUACCCGUGUAUUUCUACACCUUGACGUGUAGUACACUGUAGUUUCGUCCUGCGUUCAUAGACAUGAAAUUAUUCUUUACCACGUAUAUAUGCACAUGGAUAUUAAUUCCAUGCCCAUCACCCUACAGCAAUACAGUACAAUAUCCCAAUCGAUCAACAAAUAUAACAUGAAUGUAUCGUGUAUUUUUAUUAAUGUGUUACGCUUUUGGAACUUGGGUCUGCUUUUUGUGUUUUCACUACCUCUCUAAAGGACAGUUCAUCUAAAACUGCUAACGUACUGCGAAUGAAAGCAGCAGAAGCCUGAGCUGAGCUUUCAUUCGUGUUUUUGUUUUUUCCUUCCCUCUCAACGUCAGCAUUUUUAGAUGAACCGUUUCCUCAUACAUUUGUUCAUGAGGUGGAUUCACGCUGACUUGCACUAACUUGUGUUUUAAGUUCUUGAGGCUCGUUAAGUACGUGCUGCUAAUUUGCAUGUUGGUUUUCUUGCUGUCCAAAUGAAAUGUUGGAAGAAAAUAAAUGUAGGCAAUAAUGAUGACCACUUUUUAUUAAAGGUUUGGAAAUCUAA